AUGCGCACCUCCACAGCGCUAGCAGCUGUUGCAUUGGCACAGUCUACUUUAGCAGCUAUUGAGCCCAGGAAUUUUAUAUUCAUCGUCCCCGAUGGCAUGGGCCCCGCCUCUCAAACCCUGAUUCGAACGUAUUUGUCCAUGGUAAACGGUGACUCAACCCCCCGGGCACCAAGGAUCAAAUCGCUUCCUCUUGAUGUCACUGUCAUUGGAAACACCCAUACACAUUCUUCCAACAAUCUCGUGACCGAUUCCGCCGCUGCUGGUACUGCUCUUGCAACAGGCCACAAGACUAACAAUGGAUUGAUUGGAGUCCUGCCUGAUGGAAAACCAGUUGGAUCCGUCAUGGAGGCUGCAAAGUUGGCUGGUUACACCACUGGUCUUGUUGUGACUUCGCCCAUCAGUCACGCAACUCCUGCAUCAUUCUUCUCCCACGCAGCAAGCCGCAAUUCUUUAAGCCAAAUCGCGGAACAGCUAGUCGGAUACAGCCACCCUCUCAACAUCAGUGUGGACUUGAUGCUCGGCGGCGGACGCUGUGACUUCCAGCCCCAAAACGAAACCGGCUCCUGCAGAACCGACAAUAUCGAUCUCUUUUCCUACGCCAAGUCACAGGGCUACUACACAGCCCGAGACCGUACUGGCUUCGACGCUCUCGAGCUUGGUCUCGGCGACAUCCAACUCCCCUAUGUCGGGCUCUUCAAGGGCGGAGACCUCAGCUACGAGAUCGAUCGCCAGCAACAAGCCGCAGAAGUCCAGGAGCCAUCGCUAUCCGAGAUGACAAAGGCAGCGCUCAACUCGCUCUCUCGCGGCAGUAAAUCCAACGAAAAAGGUUACUUCCUCAUGAUCGAAGCCUCGCGCAUCGAUCACUCAUCGCACGCACACGACUCUGUUGCGCAUCUCCACGACGUACUCGAGUUCAACCGCGUCACCGACAUCGUGAUGAAGUGGAUCGACGAGCACCCCGAUACUGCUUUCCUUGCCGUUGCAGACCACGAGACAGGCGGCAUCACGCUCCCGUCCGGACACAACCCUCAACUUCUUCAGCCCGGCAAGCACUCGGUUGAGUACCUGAGUGAGCAGUGGAGCAAGUACAAUGGCACCGAUGCAGAUGGCUUCCUCGCCAAUGAGAUCAUUCCCGCAUAUGGCCUCACCGAUGUUUCGGAUGUGGAGAUCCAGAGGUUGAUUGCUAGUGAGGACUUUGCGCAAGAGUUGGCGGAUUUGUUGAAUGCGAGGGCGGGACUUAAGUGGUCGACUGGUGGGCACACGGGUGUUGAUACGACACUGUAUGGUUAUGCUGUUGGCGAGAUCGGUGAUCGCCUUGUCGCGGAUAUGGCUGGAGGCUGGGAUAACACUGAUAUGCCCAAGUAUAUUGCGGAUGCGCUGGGUGUUGAUAUGGAUGAAGUUACCGAGCUGUUGAACGCGCAAGGGAGAGCGUGGGUACCAGUGGAUGCGCCUGAGAGUUAG